AUGCGGAAGUUCACGAUGUUGUCUUGGUGUUGAUAUGGUGCCCCACCUUCCCCACCAACCCUUAUCGCAGCUCGUCUGCACCUUCCGUCCCUGGCUUCAGCCCCUCAUUGUCACCUCCGCGCCGCUCUCCAUGGCAAAGCGGCGGCGGGCAGCUCCGCCGACGGCGCGAACGUCGGAUGAUGCUGGCCUGAACAACGCCUGCUCGUAUCUCGCACCCUGAGGCCGUAUCUUUGCUGUUUGUACCUCUUAUAGCCUCCGGCCCACCAUUCGUGCACGCGACACCCAAGCUCAACAUGGCGAACAUCAAUUCCAGUCAGGCAGUCGCCCAGGAUGACUUGGUGAUUCCACUCAUUGACUUCGGCUUGUUCCUCUCCGGAGACCCUGCCGCGAAGAAGGCCACCGCCCAAGCUGUCCUCGAAGGCUUCCAGAACGCCGGGUUCGUAUACCUCAAGAACCAUGGAAUAUCCCCCGAAACCUCCAAAAACGCCUUCUCACACAGCGCUAAGUUCUUCGCGCGACCUCAGGAGCAGAAGGAUGCUAUGGCAUGGUACUCAGCAGCCGCGAACCGAGGGUAUGUCGCUCAGGGUCGCGAGAAGCUCGUCCCGCUGGACGAGACAGGAACUGAGGAGGAGAUGCGCAAAUCGGUGCCAGAUCUAAAGGAAUCGCUGGAGAUUGGGCGAGACGACCAGCCGGACACACCAAACAUGUGGCCCAGUGGGGACGAGGCCGCGAAAGAGUUCAAGCAGGACAUGCUGGGCUUCUUCGAGACUUGCAAGGGUCUGCAUAUGCAGGUUAUGCGCGCCAUUGCGAUGGGUAUGGGUAUCGAGGAGAGCUGGUUCGAUGGAUUCACGGAUGCUGGAGACAACACUCUGCGCUUGCUGCAUUACCCUGGCGUGUCCAAGUCGAUCUUCAAGCGCACUGAUGGUCAGGUGCAAGUCAGAGCUGGUGAGCACAGCGACUAUGGUUCUAUCACCUUGCUUUUCCAGGACAAGCGCGGUGGUCUUCAGGUUCGCUCACCAAAGGGCACAUUUGUCAACGCCACACCUAUCGAAGGUACCAUCGUCGUCAACGCUGGUGACUUGCUCGCCCAGUGGUCCAACGACACAAUCAAGUCGACGAAGCACCGCGUGGUCGAGCCACCGCCGAAACCAGAGGAUGAGGGACUGGAGAGCUACCCACCACGAUACUCAAUCGCCUACUUCUGCAACCCCAACUACGAGCGCAUGAUCAAAGCCAUUCCAGGUACAUACGAGGAAGCAGGGAGAAAGUACCAGGAUGUGCAAAGUGGAGAGUACAUCAUCGGGAGGUUGACAGCGACGUACUAAGGCCACAGCAUUACAAAUAAUGCAAUCUGAACGAGAACUGCAAGUUCACGUCAAAAGUCACAGUGCCUUUAUGGCAGCAUGUUGAGAUUUGUAUAAGCGAUCUCCCCCAUGAUAGCGACACAAUUUCUGAGAUUGACUUGCAUAUCAGAAACUACAACAUUACCAUCUAUCUUCAUGCGCUCUGAUUUGCAGUGUUCGGUUCUUCUAGAGACUUGCAUAGCUUCUAAAGCCCUGAGAGCACUUCACAAACGCUUCGAGGACUAUCGCAUCAUCAUGUACUUGUGGUACCUGCUUUCAGGCGCUCUUCACUAUGUUACCUAACUAAGUCUAGUUAUCUGCGUGAUCAACGCGUAUAUUCAUGUGGCACUGAUGAUGCAUUGCACAAUAAGUAAGGAUAUCACUCAGCUUGUUGGUUUGCUUCGGCCAAGGUGAGUGAGAGCAGAUUGUUAAAAG